UCUCGUAAUACAAAACAAUGUUUCAAUUUUAUCCGGUUUGUACUGGUUUACUUAAUACAAAGCAAGUGGAUCAUCAUAAUACUCACCGUCUCCGUCUCUGCUUUUGAAACCCUAAUGUUGGCGGUAUAAGGUUCUCUGCCAAUGGAGUUGAAACGACGUCCAAGUUUGAGCAACGGAGACAGAAUCAGUGAGCUACCGGACGCUCUGCUUCUGCAGAUCUUGUCUUUACUUCCGACGACAAAAGAUGCCGUGGCCACUAGUGUUUUGUCGAAACGAUGGCGGUUUCUUUGUAAGAUGAUGCCGAGUCUCAGGUUCUGUUACGAACGCACAAAUGAUCUAGAGAGGUUCUCAGAUAACGUCUGCACGUUUUUGCUUUCACAUCAGGCUCCGGUUCUUCAGAGUUUGCAUCUCGAAAUGAAUUUCGGAAGGGGUUCCACUAGGGAUAUUGGAGUACUUCUGGGGGUUGCGUUUGGACUUCAUGUGCGUGAGUUGGAUCUCCAAGUUUACUCUGGUGGUGAGCCGUAUAGGUUUCCUACAAGCUUGUACAAAUGUGGGACACUAGAGACCUUGAAACUCGGUCCUAAUGUCCUUGUAGACGUCCCAUUUCCGGUUUGUCUCAAGGCCCUUACAACUCUACGCCUUUACAAAGUGAUCGUCAAGGACGAGCGGUCUGUUGUUAACCUUUUAUCUGGCUGUUCUAGUCUUGAAAAUCUGGAAGUUAUAACGUGUACUCAUUCUGAUGUGAAGACUUUCACUAUUGCUGUACCAUCCUUGCAGCGUCUAACACUUAUUACUAGCAUUGAUGAAUAUGAGUUGGCUUAUGUGAUAAAUGUUCCUUCUUUGAAAUAUUUGUACCUUCGAGGGUUAGCAGAAGGUGACUCUUGUCUGAUUGAAAAUACACCUGAGCUGUUGGAGGCAAAUAUUACUGACGUGUGUGGUUUCAUCUAUGAGAAAUUUCUUGUAUCUCUCACUUCACUCAAACGCCUUUCUUUGGAGAUUGAUUCACCCUUGGACCUGAUGCCCGUGCUCGAUAAUUCUCCUAAUUUGCAAGCCCUCAAGCUCAUUACUCUUUGGUUUAGGAAGGGAGAUUGGAGUCCACCGAAGUAUGUUGCUGAAUGUUUGUUGAACCGUCUGGAGACAUUUGUUUGGGAAAAUUACGAAGGGGAGAUAGAAGAUGAGAGAGAGGUGGCCCAAUACAUCCUAAGAAAUGCAAGUUGUUUGGAGACUGCAACUUUCUCCAGGACAGACAUUCAUCCGGAGAAGAGACUCGAGAGGUUAAAGGAACUGGAGAGUGUGGUCAGGGCUUCCAACUCAUGCCAGCUUGUUUUCAAAUAAACUGAUUAUCACAUGGGAGUCCUACAAGCUUACUACAUUACUCGGCUUAUAAGGAGUUUGUAUUGUUGGCGGCUUGUCGCUAUGUUUAACCGUUUUAGAUGUUGUACUGUGUGUGUAAGGAUGUUCACUUAUAGUAUGGCUGAUAUAAUAGGUAUGUAUGGUAAAAAACUUUGAUACUUCAGUGUCGGCUUCAUGAUAACAGAGAAACCCUUUUUCUCUAUUUAUUUUUGUUUUUA